AGGUUUUCAUACAGUGUCCUUUCAUGUUUCCCAUGCAGAAGUCGUCAUGCUGACUCACUUCUGCCAACACGUGUCCCGUUUGUCUCAUGGGUUGGGAGGCCCCGUGGUCCACUCGCUCCUGGCUGAUGGACACCGUCGGACCUGCGGCCCCCGCUUGGCCGGCCAGUGGCGUCUCACCGCCGUGCUUUUUCAGGGUGUGGGGCUGCUGUUGCAGUCCAGGCAGCCAACUCCUGCCACGCCACUGUGGCCCUUGAAACUAAACUGCCCGUUUGGGACAUUCUGGACCAUUUACAGGCUAACAAUGGUGCUCUUGUUGGAAAGACUGCCCAGCAAUGGGCCAAUAGCCAAAGUAUUCAAUGGCCAUUUCACAGCCUUUGUCAUCCUCAGGCUGUCCAUAUCACUCGGAGCCCUCGACUCCAAGGAGCCCCAAGGGACAGGCCAGGUGGGAGACCACAAACACAGCCCCCCCAAAGUUCAGGGCGCGUCAGAGGCGGGGGCGGCUGAUAAACCGAGGGGCGGCGGUCACCGCAGCUCCUCGGACUCCAGCAGCGACAGCUCCAGCGACUCGGACAUGGAAGCAAAGCCUCCCGCUGCCGCCUCCGAAGGGCACAAGAGCACGCCGGCCAAGGUCAAGAAGCCCAAGGCGAAAAAGAAGGAGAAGAAAGGGAAGAAGAAAGGGAAGGCGAAGAAGGAGGCUCCUCACUGA